AUGCGAUCUCCGCUGCAGCGCAUGCAACAGGAGCAGCAACAGGAGCAGCAGCAGCAGCAGCAGCAUCAGCAAGAGAAGCACGUGCGUCAUGCUCCCGCUGUUGCUGCUGCAGGCCCCACAGCAGCAGCAGCAGCAACAGCAGCAGCAUCAGCAGCAGCAUUCAGGGCCAGACAACACCGACAAGAGCAGCAACAUCAGCGGCAGCUGCAGCUACACAGCAGACAGCAGCAGAAGAUAAAGAGCAGCAGCAACAACAACAGCAGCAGCAGCAACAGCAGCAGCAGCAACAGCCGCAAUGUUCCUCCAUUAGAGCUAAAGAUGAUCAAAGCUACCACCAAUAAACGGCCCGAUAGCCACUCGCAGCAGCAGCAGCAGCAGCAGCAGCAACUGCAGGAGCAGCAGCAACAGCAACAGCAAGAGCAGCAUGAGGAGCAGCAGGGUGUUGAUGGUGCAUGCAGUGAGGGAGCUGCUGGUUCGUUGGAUGUGCGUUGCAGCAGCAACAGCAGCGACAGCAGCAACAACAGCAGCAGCAGCAGCAAGAGCAGCGGAGGAAGCUGCUGCUGCUGCCCAUCAAGUGCAGCAGCAAGAAGCACAGAAGCAGAUGGCAGCAGCGCAACAACAACAGACAAUUCAUCCGACGUUGCUGCUGCUGCUGUUGCUGCUGCUGCUGCAGCUGCUGCUGCCGCUUCUGGAGAGGCUUCUUGUGCUGCAGUUGAUUGUGCUGCUGGAGAAACACAGCAGCAGCAGCAAGACCAGCAGCAGCAGCAAGACCAGCAGCAGCAGGAGCAGCAGGAAGAACAGCAGCAGGACCAGCAACAACAAGGAAGCGUAUCCUUCCCAACCGAGCACCAACAGCAGCAGCAGCAGCAACAGCAGCAGCAGCAACAGCAGCAAGACAACAGUUGGCAAUCAAGCAGCUACAGUCACGUUAGCAGCAACCGUCGGCAUUUACGUAAGAAUAAGUACAGCAGCAGCAACAGCCGCAGCAGCAGCAACAGCAGCAGCAACAGCAGCACAUACUAUAACACAAUGACCAACCCCACCAAUAACAACCAUAUGCCAUCAAUAGCAACAGCAGCAGCAACAGCAGCAAUAACAGCAGCACAUACGCACCAGUCCAACAACAACAGCAGCAGCAGCAGUAGUCAUUACAGCAGUAGCAGCAGCAACAACAACAACAGCAGCAGCAGCAGCAGCAGCAGCGAGGUCCUAUCUGCACACUGCUGUGUAUGGCAAUGCGUACCUACAUCUCCUGGUGAUUUACGUACUCCUCCUUCUUUUAGUCUUAUUCUUCUUGCUGAGUGUCUACGCACCUAUGAGGAUCUAAUCAAUUUCCCCUCCUGCAGCAGCAGCAGCAGCAACAGCAGCAGCAACAGCAGCAGCAGCAGCAGCAACAGCGGUGGAGGGAAUUUCAGUCUACAGCUUAGUACUUGGAAUGCUUUCUGUAGGGAAUCAGGUCUUGAAGAAAAGGUAGCGAUGCUGUGGGUGCCUGUACCUACGAGGAACAGCAGCAGCAGCAGCAGCAGCAGCUCAGCAGCAGCAGAUGAGCAGCAGCAGCGGCAGCGCACGUGCCGUCGUUUUGCUCAGAGGCCAUUAGGGAGGAGGGAUCUAUCUUUGCUGUAUAGUAGUUUGCUGCGGCCUAGCAGCAGCAGCAGCGCAGCAGCUGCAGCAGCAGCAGCAGCAGCAGCAGCUCCCUUCUCUGAUGGAUUGGGCUUUUGGGGCUUUUGGCGACUCGCAAGAGUUAUGAGUGCGCUGCUGCAGCAGUGUACUCCUGCAUGCGCUUGCUUCUAUAGCAGCAGCAGCAGCAACAGCAGCAGCAACAGCAGCAGCAGUACAUGCGGCAGACUAUGUGCUGCAGACUGCUGGACCCUUGGGCAGCAGCAGCAGCCAACAAAGGAGAAAGAAGCAGAGAUAUUCCUGCAGCAACCGCAGCAGCAACUGCAGCAACAUGGUGCAGCAGCAACUGCAGCAACAGCAACAGCAGCAACUGCUGCUUCUGCUGCUGCUCCCUCCCGCAGCAAACAGACAGGAAGCGGCAGUCCUUCGCGCCGUGUUACUGCUGUUACUGCUGUUGGUGAGUCUCCUGCUGCUGCUACAGUUGCUGCAGCAGCAGCAGCAGCAAGCAAUGGUCUCUCCAUGCUGCUGCUGCACCGCAGCAUAUCCGAUGUAUCUGCUGCUUCUGCUGCAGCAGAUGACAGCAGCAGCAGCAAAAGUGUGCGGCUGUCUCCUCGUAUUCAGCUUGCAAGGAGAGCAGCAGCAGCGCAACAAUUCACCAGCUCUGUUGCUGCUGCUGCUGCAGCUGCUGCUUCCUCCUCGCAGCAGCAGCUCAACAUUGUCUUCAGCAGCACACCGAGGCCUUGGUCCCAACAGCAGCAGCAGCAGCAACAGCAGCAGCAGCAGCAGCAGCAAGAACAGGUUGCUAGCAAUAGGGAGAACAGCAGCGGCAACGACAGCAACUGCCAAACAAUGGAUGACAAUGCUACGGAAGCAGCAGCAGCAACAGAAGCAGCAGCAGCAGCAGCAGCAGAGGCAGCAGCAGCAGCAGCAAACAAGUCAUCUGGUGCGGCGGAUGCAUCUACAGCGGACACAUACAGCCGCAUUAGCACCACUAGCAGCACCACUAGCAGCACCACUAGCAGCACCACUAGCAGCAGCAGUAGCAGCAGCAGUAGCAGCAGCAACAGCAGCAGCAGCAGCAGCAGCAGCAGCAGGAUCUUUUUAAGUUGGUGGCCAGAUGUAGAUUUAUAUUAUAGAAGACAGACAGCAGCAAAACGUCUCGAUUGCAUGCGCCAAGGCCUCUGCUUCUUGAGGCAUAAGGCUGCUGCCUUCCGGCAGCAGCAGCAGCAGCAGCAGCAGAUGCUGCUACAGCAGCAGCAGCAGAAGCAGCAGCAUAAACAUCAUACACGUUGA